AUGAUUUUUAAACAAACGAUACAAUCGCCGGCUAAAGAGAGAAACGCCUGCUGUGUCUUGAAUUUCUCUCCGACAAUGGGCUUAGUUCAUUUCUUUCUGCUUUUCAACCUAGGUAUUGUGUUGUGUUACACUAGAUUAGACAGACGACCUCAAUGCUAUAAUACCCUACCUAAACUGGUGUACAAGAAUGGCCAUUUAUGUAUCAGAAGGUUCUUUGGUGUCUGCACCCGUAAACUGUCUGUCGUUGUAAGGGCCUAUAGGAAUGUUAGAAAAUGCUGCCCGGGUUAUCACGGUCCAAUAUGUGAACUUGAAUUCCGUGCCAAUAAGUUUUCGGUAUAUUAAAACAUCGUUUUACCACAGAGAGGAAAACUCAAUACAGACCAGUGAGAUGAGCUUUGUAAAAUUUCAUAUAUCACAGAAAAUGGUCAAGACAGC